AUGGGGCACUUUGGAAGUCCAGAACUCACGCCCCCAGGACGACUCGCACAUAGGCGGGAACGAGCCCAUUUCUUUUUUUGUUGUUACAAGCCACGACCAUCCGUAGCAACAGGGAAUCGCACAAUCAUGGCUGAGCCUUCUUCCACCGUCCCGUUAGCUACCACUGCUGCUAACCCCGCACCGGGAACGGCUCCAGCUGGUGAUGCUCCUGUGCCGGCGGCGGCGGCGGCAGCGCCAGCUCCGGUAACCAACGACAACAACCCGCCGAGCCCGGCACCGGCGCCUCUCGAACCUGAUGAGGAUGAAGGCAACUUCACAGAGGGUUCUUCUACAGCUGAUGACCGCAUCUCGAGUUACACCGCCUCGUUAUCCUCGAGCGUCGUAGAUUACCCCAUCGAAUACGGACGUCGCUAUCAUGCUUUCCGACCAGGAUCGUAUAAAUUCCCUAAUGAUGAGUCUGAGAUGGAUAGGCUCGAUCUGGCCCAUGCGAUGAUGGUCAAGGCGAUUGGGAGCAGGCUGUAUAACGCGCCGCUGAAGAAGGAAAAGGUGCAGAGGAUCCUCGAUAUCGGGACUGGGACCGGACUGUGGGCCGUGGAAAUGGGCGACAUCUUUGAGAACGCAGAGGUUCUCGGCAUUGAUCUGAGUCCCAUCCAGCCAGAAUGGGUCCCUCCAAACGUCAAAUUCGAGAUCGACGACGUCGAAAGCCCGUGGGUCGGCAACAGGAAAUACGACUUCAUCAUGUGCCGGUACAUGGUCGCCUCCAUCAAGGACUGGCCGGGCCUCAUCAAGAACAUAUUCGACCACCUAAACCCAGGAGGCUGGGUCGAAUUCCAAGACGUAAACACGCGAUUCUACUCCGACGACGACACCUUCUCCCAAGACUCCGCCACCGCCCGCUGGAUGGCCGGCUUCGCCCGCGCCUGCAAAGGGAUGGGCCGCGACACCGGCGUGGCGCCGACCCUCGCCUCCCUCCUGCGACAGGGCGGCUUCCCCUCGGAGACGGUCCACGCCCGCCGCGUCAAGGCGCCCCUGGGCCCCUGGGCGAGAGACCAGUUCCACAAGGACCUGGGCAUGAUGAACCUGAUCCUCACCAUCGACGGCCUCGAGGCGCUCUCGCUCAAGCUGUUCUCGGAGCUGUUGGGGCGGACGCAGGAGGAGAUCCUGGUGGAGACUGCGGCUGUGAGGAGGGAGUUGAAGACGGGUGCUUUCGGGGCUUUCCAUGCCAUGUUUGAUAUUUACAACGUGUAUGCGCAGAAGCCGUUGGAGACGGAAGAUACUACGCAGUGA